AUGUCCGACUCAGAAGGCCAUGGCAGCCUAGCAGACCAAAUCUUCUCAUGGUCCCUGGAAGAUGUGCUCAACCCAGAUUUCUUCAGGGACAAGGUGGAGAGAAUUCCCAUGACCUUCGAUACUGUCAAGAACUAUUUGAGCUCCUUUACCUAUCCACUCUUGGAAGAACUACGCGAAGAAAUGAGCUCUAACCUCCAAACCCUGUCUCGUGCUCCUUUUGUCAAAAUAGAGCGUCUCGAGUGCAGAAAUCGCGCAGAACAUAUAUACUUCAUGGUUGUUGACCCGCCGGCUGAUGAAACCAGAAGUGCAAGUGACUAUAAGCCGUGCAAAGGUGACAUUCUUAUCUUAUCAAAGAGUAGGCCAAUAGAUGGGUAUAUUCCAAAGACGGACCGGGAUUCAUAUUGCCUUCUUGAGGUAGUUAAGGACGAAUUUCAAUUGCUGAAACCUCAAUGUUCUAUAGUUAGAGCUUCAGAGGACAUCGAGGCUUCGAUAGAUAUCACUAAUUGCGAAGGAACAAAAAACCUUUUUGUGAUUUGUGUGUUGACCACCAUAACAUACUCUCGGAUCUGGAAUGCGUUGAAUUUUAAGCUUGCACAGAGUAGGAAUAUUGGUCUUUUUCACAAGGUGUUAGAUUUUGACCCAGAGGAUGACAUGGGUAGCGUUUCAUUUGCCUCCAAGCCUGAUGUUGCUGGUAUCCAAAACAUUGAUAUUGGAUUGAGUAUAAGCAAGUUGUCAUUGAAUGAGUCUCAGACCAAUGCCAUACUGAGUUGCUUACCGUCUAAUGAAUGUCGCAUUGAUCAUCCAUCCAUAAGCCUUAUUUGGGGGCCUCCUGGUACUGGAAAGACCAAAACAAUCAGUGGUUUAGUGUGGUUAUUAGAUCAACUGAGAUGUAGAACACUUAUUUGCGCGACUACCAAUAAUGCUGUGACACAAGUAGCAUCGCGCUUCUUGAAGCUACUGAAAGAAUCCUCUGGGACCAGAUCAUGCCGUUUAGGAGAUGUGGUUUUGUUUGGCAAUGAAAAAAGGUUAAAAUUUGGUGAUGAUCUACUAGAUGUGUUUCUCAAAUACAGAGCAGAUAGGCUAAAAGGGUGCUUUGGAUUACAAACUGGCUGGAAAGAUUGCCUUAGAUCAUUACUAAAUUUCUUUGAACGUGCUGCAUUUUUGUACAAAAAUUAUUUGGAUGAAAAGAAAAUUGAGGAUGAGAAGGCCAAGAAUUUAAAUGAUAUAAAGGAUAGCAAAGGCGAUCGAAGAAUUACAAAUGCUGAGAAUCCACCAAGUAAGAGUGAGGUGACUUUUCUAUCAUUUGUUAGGCAAAAAUUUGCAUCUCUUUUAAAGAAAUCUGGAGAGUGUUUCAAUACCUUGUGUGUUCAUAUGCCAGCAGCUGCUUUGUCGAAUUCUUGCUGUGAGCACAUAAAGGAUCUUCUUCGCUCGCUUGAAUGCUUUAACACUUUUCUCUCAAAGAACAAUGCAGGCAAUAAUCUUGAGAAAAUAUUUGGAUCCAGUCUGUCUUUUUCUCAAAAUAACAAUUUAUUUGGUAGCAACACCAAUACCUUUAUCAUGCUACUUAAGAUGAAAAGACAUUGUUGUGAUGAAAUAAAAUUACUCGAGCGGUCGUUACAUCUACCAUCACUCUCUGACAAGCUUAGCAUCAUGGAUUUCUGCUUGGAAACGGCCAACAUCAUUUUCUGUACAGCAUCAACGUCUGCCAAGAUGCACAAAUUGGAUUUAAAGAAACCAUUUAAGAUUGUUAUUAUUGAUGAAGCUGCACAGAUAAAAGAAUGUGAAUCAUUAGUACCCAUGCAGAUCCCUUCUAUAAGCCAUGUUGUUCUUGUUGGUGAUGAAUGUCAAUUGCCUGCUCUUGUCAAAAGCAAGGUCUCAGAAAAUGCAAUGUUUGGUAGGAGUCUAUUUGAAAGAUUGAGUAAAUUAGGAUUCAAGAAACACCUUCUGAAUGUGCAGUAUCGCAUGCAUCCAUCUAUCAGCUUGUUUCCUCUUGAAAAAUUCUAUAACUCCAAAGUAAUCAAUGGGCCAAAUGUCAUUAAGGAGGACUACACAAGAAGAUUUCUUCAUGGAAAGAUGUUUGGAUCCUACUCCUUCAUUAAUAUUGUAGAUGGAACCGAGAGUUUUGACAACUUUAGUCACAGUAAGAAAAACGACAUGGAAGUUGUUGUUAUCUUGCAAAUUCUUAGAAACCUUCGUACAGGUAUGUGUUGUGGUUUCACAUCACUGACUAUCAAUUAGCUAGCUUUAUAUACUUCAUAGUGUUUACAGUAGCUUAAUAAUCUCGAAAUACAACAAACUGUUCAACUUUGCUUUUAGCUUGAAAUUAUUAUUACUUUUUACAUUCCUUUUCUCCCUAGUCUUCUGUUGAUUAAUCCUCCCUUUUAU